UUUCUCCAAUUGUUUCCACGGUAAUACUUUACGUACCGGUGGAAAACUACGCUCAGAAAUGAACGCAAUGACAUAAACGAGUCCCAGGAACUACCGAAGUCAAACACAAAACCUGCCACAUUGAAAAAUUCAAGAUGGUUUUAGAAUCCAUUUCAAGGAUAAUAAAAGUCCAGCUUCCAGCCUACCUCAAGAGGCUUCCGCUUCCGGAGACGAUCGGCGGAUUUGCCAGGUUAACAGUGUCUGAAUGGCUCCGGUUGCUGCCUCUCCUGGGUAUCCUGGCUCUGCUGGGCUAUCUGACCAUUCGCCCCUUCCUGCCGAAGAAGAAGAAGCAGAGGGACAGCCUGAUCAACCUGAAGAUCCAGAAAGAGAAUCCCAAAGUGGUCAACGAGAUAGACAUCGAGGACCUGAACAGCGCAAAUGUGUGUUACUGUCGCUGCUGGCGCUCCAAAACUUUUCCUGUUUGUGACAAGUCACACUUAAAGCACAACGAGCUAACAGGGGACAACGUGGGACCGCUCAUACUGAAAAAGAAGAUACUAUAAUUGAUCACUGAUGGAAUGUUCUUCUCACCUCCUCUGUCUUUAGUUUUUAUUUCUUAACAUGAUUCAUUUUUGUUCCUUUUCUCACCCUGUUGUCAUGUUUAUGUUGCUCUGAAAUGUGGAUGACAAGUCUUUGUUUGAAGUGAUACACCUAGAAAUACAAAACGGAACAGAAAACUGUAUUUUAGGAUCUUUACAUCACAUUGUGCAGUAAAGAAGCUUUUUCUCCUACUUCUUUUAUAGGUGUAUCUUCAUAGUUUACUUUUGUUUGGUUAACAGCCUUUUUAUAUGUCUGUAACUUUAAUUUUAGCCAGGUCUCAACUAUUUUGGAAUCAAUUACAAAACAUUGGGACCACUUUUGAGAGGAAAACUUGAAACAUAAUUGCAGUGACUUAAUUUGUAUAAAUUAAAUACUUAAAUACUAGUCCAACCUCUGAUGAACACUUUGUUCUGUAUGUCUUCAUUUUGGAUGUUAUUUUGGUAUUUUUUAACAAACCAUCUCUUUGUCUGUGUGCCAAUAUACUCUUCACUCUUUCACGAUGUGAUAUAUUCUCUUAUAAGUUAUUGUGUGUAUGGGAAGCUAUUUGUUAUUCUUCAGAUUCAUUUUGAAGCAUUUGAGUUUUACAUUUUGUAUUCAACUCUGUUGCCUACAAACAUUUCAAACCACUGCAUUGUUGAUAAAUAUCCAGUUACACAGGUGUAACCUCCCUACACUGUCGAGGUUUCAGAAAGAUAUUUGCUCUGUACUGUUUUUCAAGCUUCUGCCUUUUAUAAUGGCUGUAUACAGCUGACCUCCUACUGGAAUAUUCCUACUUGAUUGAUCAGCAAUAUUUUAUACAUAAAUUGCUUGCAUUAUCAAAACUGUAUGUCCAUGAUGUCUAUUAAUAACUGUGUUCAUGAACCUUUGUAAGAUUAUGGCUUGAAUUGAUUCAUUCUGUGCUUAAUGUGUAAAAAAGGAAUAGUCGACAGAACUGCAGCUUCGUUGCCUUCUCUCUAUACUACGACAGGGGACGAUUUAUGGACCCUUGAGCUGAAAUAGAUUUUCAAUUAAAGAUAAUUGAGCAUAUCAACUGAUCACAUCAGUUUCUCUGCUGCUCACUUUUUCAAUAGGACUGGCAUGCAGAGCAUAACUUCGGGGUCAUAUUUAUAAAGAAGUGCAUUAUUUUUGCCACUUUUGUCAAUAACACACACAAAGAAAACAUGCACCAAUGCCAUCAAAUGUCCUCAUGCACAUGUAUUUUGUGAAAUAAAAGCAAUAGAAAACAAGA